AUGCCAUUCUUUUGUACUUUGGCAUCCUUGGUCAAAUUGCAAUUGGCGGAGGUACUUUUUGCCCCAUUUCCACCGAUAGAUUCACUUAUCAGAUCCAUUAAUGAUUUGCUGAUGAAAAUUGGUAUCCUACUUCCCAACUCCAGAAAAACCGAAAUCGAGGCUGAUCAUAUUGGUCUUUUGCUCAUGGCGGCAGCUUGUUAUAACCCACAACAGGCCAUCUCGUUUUGGCACAGGAUGGAUAAGGCUGCAACCGGCGGUCUCCAUGAAGGACUGGACCGAAAUAAGGGAGGCACCAUUAAGCAGUUUCUGUCGACCCAUCCUUCUCACGGAAAAAGAAGCGACAAUCUUGAAGAAAAAAUGCCGGAAGCCAUGAAGAUAUGGGAGAUGGCAAAUUGUGAUGAACAGACAAAUGCUUUCUGGAGCAGGUUCAAGUAUAACGGUCGGUAUGGAGCAUGGUGA